UAAUUUCGAAUCGAUUACCUUCAGUAGAUAUGUAUUACUUUGUGAGUGUUUUUUUUAAACAAUUAAACCACGAAAAAUAGAAACAGUUACGUCAUUUAGAUAUAUUAUUGUAGAUUUAGUACGACGAAAACGAUUUAAAGGCAUACACGAGUAAAAUGUACCUAUCCAUAAAACGAAGCGCCGUUGAAUUACAAUUUUUCCAACUGAAACACAAACUAUUUAUAUUUUUAAGUGCUUCAGCUUUGCUACUGAUUCUGUUACCUCUAAAAGUGACAAUUUCGCAAACAGAUCAAAUACAAUUCUCAUCAUAUCCAGUAGAACCAUUAGCAAACACAUGCUGCACCCCAUCAAACAAAUCAGUACGCACAAACGUGUACUUCGUAAAAACCCACAAAACAGGAAGCACGACGGUCAAAAAUGUCAUAUUGCGAUUCGCUUUUAGGAAUUCGCUCGAUGUAAUGGACAUCAUUUACAACACGUACAACUUGCCAUUUUCCGAUUCUUCCUUGCAUCCCCACGCAAAGACACCGAAUAACAAAUAUCACAUCAUGGCGCAGCACGUCAGGUACGACCCAGCAUUAAAAUCAUACCAAUAUCCGGAUACAUCGAUGGUGACAAUUUUGCGACACCCUGUAACGCAAUUUCAAUCCAAGUAUGAAUUUUGUGCAAUAAGUAAGGCGACAGGAAUGAGCUUCCAACAAUUUUUAAACGCUCCGGAGAAACCUUCAGUUUUGCAGAGCCUCGGUCGUGAAUCAGUAUACAGAGGAUACAAUCAAAUCAGCGUCGAUUUGGGAUUCGAUGUGAGUCAAAGUAAGAAUAAAACUGCCAUCGUCGAAUUCAUCCGAAAAAUAGAUCGAGAAUUCGAUUUAGUUAUGAUAAUGGAGCAUAUGGAAGCGUCGAUGAUAUUACUCGCUAAUCUAAUGGGAUGGCCAUUGGAGUACGUGGCUUUUCUGAAAUUGAACUCCAGGGAUUCCGAGCCAGAACCUUACAAAUUGACCUUCGGCGACAAAAUUACCAUAAUGGAUCUGAACCAAGUGGAUACUCAGUUAUAUAAUCAUUUUAGCUAUAAAUUUCAGAAAUGCGUGCGACAAUAUGGCGAACAAAAGAUGUUAGAUCAGAUUCAAAAAUUGAAAAUAAUUAAUGAAAAAUUCACGCAGAGAUGUAUAGGCGAAGAAAUCAAAAAAACAUUGCGGAGUGGCGGUUCGGAAAUCAUCGAGUAUAAGGCAAAGAAUUCAUCAGAUGUAGAAUGCAUUUACGGAGUUGCAUCCACCUUUGAAUUGGCAAACAUUCUCAAAAACUAUACCAUGUCGAAGACACGAGUAUUUGAGACGUAAAUUAAAUAGAACUUUUAAUAUUUCGCAACAAGACAGCAGCACGUUGUAAACUCUACUCGAAAGUGACGGAUCCGAAAUUGAAUUUAAAGUUUAUAGGUAGGAUUCUGGAGAUCCAGAUCCAUUGCUAUUUUACACAGGAUCUAUAACACUGCCUGCAGAAAGAAUCAUCAAAGAUUCUCAUAAUAUUGGUUUUUCGUGCAAAAAAAGAAAAAUCAUUUAUUAUAAUCACAUCACAUCUCAUCUCCAUUCUCUCUCAUUCUCAUAAAACCAUUCUAUCACGAAAAACUUUGUUAUUAAUAGAACCCUCCAUAAAGAUUUUGAUUUCUUUGCAUCCGAUAAAAUCAAAUUCAAUUUGAGAAGUCCAACAAUCCAAAAAACUUUAUUCAAUUUCCCAAAAUUAUUCAAAAGAUAAGUCUGCGCUGAAGUUCAGCUUAGCGCUGCUUCACAUUUCUAAAACAAAGCCACUCUUUCUCGAGUUCUCUAAAGAAGAGUUGAAGACACGUUUAAGAUUAUUUAAAAAUAGUCCAGCAAUUGGAAUUCAACAGAAAAAUUGGAGCAAAAUUGAAAGACAUUUGAGUCAAAAAUUGAAUAUUUUAGAUUGGGUUGAUAUGGAAAUAUUUCAGAUUGAGUUGAUAUGGAAUCAGACGAUACCGAGAUAUAGGAUAGGUUUACAGUUUUUGAAAAAAAGUUGUGUGAUCGACGUCAAAUGACUCGCAACAAAUUUUGUGUUAGAUUUGAGCUUGCCACCCUCCUCCUGUAACGAAUGAUGACUGUAGAGAAGUACAAUAAAGCUCUUUCAGGGUUCAAUUCAACGUAUCAGAUCCAAUCGAGAGUAAAAUUUUUCUUGAUUGAUCUGCAAUUUGGUUCACCGAAAUAGUAUCAUCCGUUCCCCGAAACCAAAUUUUGAGCUGCCGAACUUGAUUAGUCGAUUGUUUGGAAAAUUUUUGAAAAUGAGAAGGAUGUAGGAUUCAAAACAGCUGGAGGAAGAUCUCAACUUUUUUUGAAGGCGAAAAAUCAACCAGAAAAUAGUAAAAAUUGAUUCGGGAGAAGGAGCUCAUUUCAGGUAGUGAAAGUUCAUUUCCGCUAUUUUCGAAAAUUCUCCAAAAAUUUUAAAAAUCAACCUCAGCAACAUGAAAUUUGGUUCUGAGGUUUGGGUGACAUGCUCUUUCAGUGAGACAAAUUUCAAAUCAAUCGGAGUCGACACAUAGUUGUAAAAGUUCCCUUUGUUGGCAACUUUACAGAUUUUUUAGAAAGUUUGCAGCAUUUAAAAUGAGUCUCAAAUCACGUCACAUAGUUAUUUUGUUUUUAGAACUAAUAUAUUGUAUAGUUUAAGCUGUAUACUUCAAUUCUUUUUAUUGAAUUAAAUUCUUCUUUUUUGUA